UCAUUUAGAAACAGGUGUUCCAGAGGCCAGAAAACUGACGACAUGCACGCGUUGAUGAGAGCUUGUGUGGCGGUGUUGCUGGUGGGCGCUUGUCAGGCGCUGGUCCGCCCCGGCCGCAUCGUGGGCGGAGAACCCGUCCCUGAAGGUGAUGCGAUGUGGCAGGUUUCGGUUCAAACCCGAACUGGGGCUCAUUUUUGUGGAGGUACGCUGAUCAGUGACGAAUGGGUCGUGACGGCAGCGCAUUGCAGUGUCAACUUCAAAGCGGGCGCAGUGCAGGUGGCUUACGGCGGCAACACGCUUGACUCGAUGAAGGCGGUGGUGCCCGUGUCCCGAAUAAUCGUCCAUGAACGCUACGACCCCAACAGCAUGGUGAACGACAUCGCUCUGCUCCAAAUGGCGCCCAGCGCGCGAUCUUCCAGAUCUGGAACCCCGAUCCCCUUGGAGACCCGCGAGGAUCUGGGCGAAGAGAACUGCAGAGUCACGGGCUUUGGUCGCCUUUCUUCUGGUGGACAGGUUGCUGACCGCCUCAUGGGUGUUUGGGUGCCCUUGCGGUCUCUCGAGGACUGCAUUAAGGACUUCCUGCCAGAAACUUAUGCGUUGACCGACGGCCACGUCUGCGCAGGCGGCGGCAGAGAAGACGCGUGUCAGGGCGACUCCGGAGGACCUCUGGUCUGCUGCAACCAGAACUCGACGCUGCGGUCCGACGAGUGCAACCUCGUGGGUGUUGUGUCGUGGGGCAUUGGGUGUGCCACGCCAGGAAAACCCGGCGUUUACACCAAGGUUGCUCACUACAAAUCCUGGAUUGAGGAGAAUAUUGGCGGAUCGGUCGGCGACAUGGAGGUGACGAAUGCUGGCGGCGAUAUCACACCGUCGUAUAAGAGCAACAAGAAAUUUAAGGCAAAAAUUUCAAAGUCGAAGAUAAGAGCCGAACAAACCAAGCCAUAAUGAUAAUCUUGUUUGACGAGAAUUGAUUGCUCAUGUAAAUUGGUGUAAUUGCUGCAGAUAUAUCCGGCAAAUUUACUUAAAUGGAAUUAAAUUGCCACGACCAAAAUGGUUUCCAACACAAAAAAUUACCAGUAGCCUAUUGAAAUAUCAUCUCAAUUGGCUGAAUAGUUUCACCAUCAAUUGAUAUUACCUCCAUUGGAUGAGUCAGAUCUACGGAACAAAUUGGCUAAUAAACUACUUAACUUCAAAA